CAAGUUUUGAGUUCACACCAAAAACUUUGGUAUAUUUUUUGGUCAAACAUUUCACUCAAAUAGUUGUCUCGAAAACAUCACUCAAUUUCGGUCUCAUAUCGUGUAUACUAUAAUUGAGGAAAAGUUUCAAAAUAUUCCCAUAAUGUCUGAUCUAAACAGUGUUCAGCAACUUCUCCAUCAACACAAACAAAGCCAUUUGAUUGCCUUUUGGGACCAAAUCAGUGAAGAACAGCAACGACUGCUCCUAAAUGACUUGAAGACUAUUAAUUUCGCUAAAGUGUGCCGAGCUUUCGAUGAGACCAUGAAUACAAACUGUGAUCAAAAUGAGAAGAUUGACGAUUCGUUGGAAGCCCUGUCACCACAAGUCCACGAAAGCAUCACAAGAACUUCCAAAGAGAAACUCGAUUCCUAUCGACAGAGCGGCCGAGUGGCCGCCCUGUUAUUGGCUGGCGGUCAGGGCACCAGACUUGGUGUCAAUUACCCCAAAGGCAUGUACGACGUGGGCCUCCCCUCCCAUAAGACUCUAUACCAACUACAGGGCGAGCGUAUCCUUCGUCUCGAACAACUGGCUUAUGAUUUGACGGGAAAGAAGGGCUCAAUUCCCUGGUAUAUCAUGACCUCUGAGGCCACCAAAGAGCCCACACUUGAGUUCUUCAGAAAGAACAGCUAUUUUGGUUUAUCGCCAGAGAAUGUGGUUGUCUUUGAACAGAGCACUUAUCCCUGCUUUCAAUUUGAUGGCAAAAUAAUACUGGAGACCCCUUUCAAAGUGGCCAGAGCUCCCGAUGGAAAUGGAGGUCUUUAUAAUGCGCUCACAGAUCGAGGCGUUUUGGAUGACAUGCAAAAGAGAGGCAUUGAACACAUCCAAGUCUAUUGUGUGGACAAUAUUCUGGUGAAAGUGGCGGACCCGACGUUUAUCGGCUAUUGUAUAUCAAAGGGAGCGGAAGCGGCCGCAAAGGUCGUGCAGAAGGCAUUCCCCACCGAAGCGGUUGGCAUUAUAUGCAAAGUGAAGGGAAAGUACAAAGUCGUCGAAUACAGUGAAGUCUCACUACAAACGGCACAAAAGCGAAGUGCAAACGGGAGGCUCACAUUUGACGCAGGCAACAUUUGCAACCAUUACUUCACACUGAACUUUCUCCAAAAUAAUGUUUCUGGCAAAGACCUCAUCCAUCACAUCGCGAAGAAGAAGAUCGCAUACAUUGACUCAAACGGACAGGAAGUGAAACCCGAGAAACCCAACGGAAUAAAACUCGAGAAAUUCGUGUUCGAUGUCUUCGAGUUCACUGAUAAAUUUGUUGUGUGGGAAGUAUUACGCGAAGACGAGUUCUCUCCGCUCAAGAAUGGCGACGGAUCUGAUAAAGACAAUCCGACCACUGCUCGCCUAUCCGUCUAUAAUCUUCAUCAGAGGUUUGUGUUGAACUCCGGCGGGAAGUUUGUCGACGAAAACGGAAAAACAAUUCCUUUGAUCCCAAGCCACAAUGAGGGUCAAGUGAUAUGCGAAAUAUCGCCACUAAUUAGUUAUGACGGCGAAGGGCUCGACAAACUGGUGGCCGGAAAGGUGUUUCAAACGCCUCUCAUUAUCAAUGGCUCCGAUCCGCAGGCAAUCAAAUCAAAACUAAAUGCUAUUAAACAAACUAAUGGCACCACCAUUCAACCAUCACUGAAUAACGUGGUCUUUGGGUCGAUAUCCCUCUUCCAUGCGAGCAGUGAUUUGUCUAUAUUGAAGAACAUACACGGCUUUUCCACACCGGGAUCACAACAACUGAAUGGCACGUCUCUCAUGUAG